AUGGGAUCUCUAAAGAAAGCCCUAAACAAGGUCAAGACGGGCCUUCACAGCACCCCCGGCUCCGACGACGAGCGCGUCAAGUCUCCUGUUGCGGCAAAUGGUAGGGUACCGUCGCCUGGCGCCGCCCCGCGCACUUCCGGUGUCUUUGGACGGAAAGCCAGCGGCGAGUACAAGCGCAGCGAUGCCGUCUCCCCCACGGGCAGCAGGACCAGCAUCGAUGCUCCGCGCAAUUCUUUGAGCGGCCUACUUCACCUCCGCACCGACAGCCCCAAUCGCUCUUCCACCAAAGUGAGCACCGGUCACCAGCGCUCCGGUUCGCUCUCGACCCAUAGUCCCAUUCGAGCAGUCAAGGAAAAGCUGCAUAUCGGCGACAACUCCUCAAGCGAUGACAACCUCCCCCUCAACCGCGAGGGCGAACCCAUGUCCAAGAACCAGUUGCGUAAACAUGAGAAACAGGCGCAGCAGGAAGAGCGCCACAAGCAGAACCUAGAAAAGGACAAAGAGCUAGAGCGGAGGAGGAAAGAGAUGGAAGAGCAAGCCAACAACGAGUUGACACCAGAGCAAAAGGCAAAGUACGGCGUUACCCACCCCAAUGCGUAUGCGGGUGUGUGGAACCCUCAGCCGCGCCACAGGAUUCAAGACUUCUCGGCCAAAGACGUCGGCAAGGAGGUUACCUUCCGUGCCCGCAUUCACCACCUGCGGAAGAUGAGUUCCAAGUUUGUCUUCUUCAUGUUCCGCCAACAGCUCGCUACCAUCCAAGGUGUCUUGUUGGAGCACGCCGACAUCUCAAAGUACAUGCUCUAUUGGGCAGAGCAUCUUGAUGCCGAAACUGUUGUGCUUGUCAAGGGUAUCCUACAAGAGCCCAAGGCCAAGCAAGGCGAGGUCAUCGGAGCCACUAUCCACGACGUCGAGAUUUCCGUCCAUGCACUGCACGUUGAAGCGGCUGUGACUGAACAUCUACCAUUCAAUGUCAACGAAGCUGAAGUUUCUCGGGCCGAAGUGGACGCUGAGAUCGCGAGGGAAGAUCACAAGGAGGGGCACAACCGCGUCAGGAUCACGGACCGAACGCGUCUCAGUAACCGCGUCAUCGACCUGCGGUCAACUGCCUCGCAGGGCAUUUUCCGUAUUCAGUCUGGCAUCUGCAACCUCUUCCGCACGCAGCUCGACUCGGAAGGUUUCAUUGAGAUUCACACUCCCAAGCUACAGGGCGGUGCCACUGAGUCCGGAGCCAGCGUCUUCAAGAUAGACUACUUCGGUCGCGGUGCCUUCCUUGCACAGAGUCCUCAGUUGGCUAAGCAGAUGGCCAUCUCAGCAGAUUUCGGAAAGGUGUAUGAGAUUGGUGCCGUCUUCCGUGCCGAGAACAGCAACACUUAUCGGCACUUGACCGAGUACACUGGUCUCGAUUUGGAGAUGCAGAUCGACGAGCAUUACCACGAAGUUCUUCGUGUUCUUGACCGAACGUUCAAGGCCAUCUUCAAGGGCAUCUACGAACGAUACCGCCCUGAGAUUGAAAUCAUCAAAAAGCAUUUCCCCCACGAGGAUCUGGUAUGGCUGGACCAAACCCCUAUUCUUCCAUUCGCCGAGGCCGUGCGAAUGUUGAACGAGUCUGGCUGGAGAGACGACAACGGAAACCCGCUCGACGAGAACGAGGAUCUAGGUACUCGAGACGAGGUGCAACUAGGCCGUGUCAUCAAGCAGAAACUCGGAACAGACUAUUACAUUCUCGACAAAUUCCCCACCAAUGCUCGUCCUUUCUACGCAAUGCCGGAUCCGAACAAUCCCAAUGUUACCAACUCGUUCGAUAUCUUCUGCCGAGGUCAAGAGAUUCUUAGUGGUGGUCAGCGUAUUCACGACGCCGACAUGCUGCUCGAUAAGAUGCACAAGCUUAAGAUCGACCCCAGCUCAAUGGAAGACUACAUUCAAGGCUUUCAGUGGGGGGCUCCGCCUCACGGUGGCGGCGGUAUCGGCUUGGAGCGCAUUCUCAUGCUGAUGAUGAGCCUUGGAAAUAUUCGACAUGCCUCCAUGUUCCCUCGCGAUCCGAAGAGUUUGCCUGAGAAGCCAAUCAUAAAGCAGUUGCGCCACCCGGAAGCGUCCACCAUGCACCCCCCUUGGGAGGGACAAGAUCGAGUCUUGGCCAAGAUGGACUUACAGCCUAUCGAGAAGCUCAUUGCGAAUUACGGAGAUGCUACAAAUACCUCCUGGUUGGAGCCUCGCACUGAAAUCUGGCGGGACGACAAUACUGGUGCGGCAGUCGGUUUCGUGCCCGUAGAUGGCUACGCCAUUACCGUUGGCGAUCCCCUCUGCCACGAGUCUCAAUACUUGAAGACAAUGACAGCCUAUCUUAAAUACAUCAAGAAGGAGCGCAAUCUUAAGCCGCUGUGGCUUCUCGUAGGUGGUGCUGUGGAGGAGGUGUUGGCUACCAAAUUCAACUGGCGGACGUUUUCUGUCACGGGCGAGCAGCGUGUGGAUCCAGUGCACAACCCCGCCGAGAAGGAUGGAGAUGUUCAACGCAAAAUCCGACACGCAGAGAAGGAGGGCGUAAAGAUUACAGACUAUGCACUUGGCUCUCCGCCACCUGCAGACGUCAAGCAGAAGGUCGAUGCGCGUGUAGAGGACUGGUUGAAGGGCCGCAAAGGCAAGCAGGUGCAUCUGACCAACAUUCACCCCUGGCAAGACGAGGAGCAUCGCCAGUACCACAUCUCAUACACGCCGGAUGGCGUCAUUUGUGGUUUUGUCGCCAUGGCGCAGCUUUCACCCAGUCACGGCUGGCAAGUAAAGUACUCGCUCGACUUUCCCAAUGCGCCUUCGGGCUCCAUCGAGCAUAUCGUUACACACGCGCUUAAGCAGGUUGGCAGCACUGGUGCUACCACAGUCACGUUCGGUGGCGGUGCGAGCUCGAAGUUUACUCCUGGACACAAUGUCAAGGGCACACGUGUCAAGGUGCUUAGCCGUGCCUACCACGCUAUUGCUUCGGAGUUGAAGCUCACCAACAAGACGGAGUUCCGCGAGAAACUGGGUGCAAUUGAUGAUCCAAGCUAUAUCUGCUACCCGCCACAUGGGCUGGGCCCGUUGGCAGUCAAGGCCAUCUUGAACUUCUUCUCUGACGACGAUGAUAACUAG